UUCUGUAGAAGGUUAUGAACUAGGGUUUGGAAGAAACAGAUAAGGUGGCUUAGGAGUCAGUGCUCUAGGCCUGAGCCUGGAAGACUGAAAUGUAGCUAAGCCCAGAGAGGGCUGAGGCAAUGAAGGACUCCAGGGAAGCACUCUGAGAAAUCAGGACAAGGACAAGAGUGCAGUUUGCCUGCUGACUUCUUAGAGCCAGAGAGAUAGAUAAGGAAUGCAGAGGCCUGUGGGGAUCUAGAAAGGACUGGGAGUGGCUUAUUUUGAGAUUUUUAUUUUGAUUGUUUUGUUGUUAAAUGCAGCCCCCCAAGGAAGGGAACUAUUGUACAGAAAGCCUUUGUGGAUUGUUUCUGGGAAACUGGACCUCUGCCUCAUUCACUGCACAGGAUGGACCUGCUCUGGAGAUGAAUCAGGGUUGUGUAGUGAAGGUGAAUGUUGUCUGUAAGAUCCCUGCUUCAUUUGUUGCAGAAUUUGGAAGAGCUGUGGUUCUGGGAUUUGAAGUUGAUCCUGUGAAUUCUGUCCAGUUUUCAAACCACACAGGUUAUGCUCACUGGAAGGGUCAGAUGUUAAAUUCAGAUGAACUUAAUGAGCUGUAUGAAGGACUUAAACUGAACAAUGUCAACCACUAUGACUAUGUACUCACAGGUUACACGAGGGACGCGUCAUUCCUUGCAACAGUGGUUGAUAUCGUUCAGGAGUUGAAGCUACAGAACUCUGACCUGGUGUACGUGUGUGAUCCAGUGAUGGGUGACAAAUGGAAUGGAGAAGGCUCUAUGUAUGUGCCAAAGGAGGUUCUCCCAGUCUACAGGGACAGAGUUGUACCCGUUGCAGAUAUAAUAACUCCUAAUCAGUUUGAGGCUGAGUUGCUCACCGGCAGAAAGAUUCACACAGAAAAAGAAGCUUUAGAGGUAAUGGAUAUGCUUCAUGCUAUGGGACCAGAGACAGUGGUGAUCACAAGCUCAGACCUACAGGGUUCUCUAGGAAGUGACUUCCUAAUUGCACUAGGGAGCCAAAGGAAAACUAGAGCGGAUGGCACCAAGGUGAACCAGAGAAUUCGAAUAGAGUCUCCUAAAGUGGAUGCUGAUUUCGUUGGAACUGGAGACUUGUUUGCUGCGAUGCUCUUGGCCUGGACACACAAACAUCCAAAUAAUCUUAAGGUGGCAUGUGAAAAGACUGUAUCAGCUGUGCAGCAUGUUCUGCAAAGGACCAUCAAGUGUGCAAAGGCACAUGCUGGAAAAGGAAACAAACCCAGCCGAGCCCAGCUGGAAUUGAGAAUGGUCCAAAGCAAAAAGGACAUAGAAAACCCGGAGAUAAUAAUAAAAGCUACUGAGUUAUAAAGGCUGUAUGUCUCCCAAUAACGCACAAUGUAUUGAUGUCCUCUUUUUCUUUCCUGUAAAUUGUAAUGUUUGCCUUAGAUCUGUGACAGAAACCUGACUUCCAUGAAAUAGUGCCCUGCAUAGGCAGAUAUCCAUGAUCAAACAUACGUGCUGGCCUUGCUUGGUUUAAGGGGGAAAAAAGUGAGCAGUAAAACUUACUCACAGGUAUCAAAAUGGUUGUCAAAUUCACUCAGCCUGUGUACCAUAGGCAAGAGAAUACGCAGGUUCCUGCCUCGCCAAAGACUUUGGGUAUGAAUUUGCUAGUGGAAUGACUGACUGACUGGCAUAUAUAUUGUAGCAAAGCAUCUAGUGCCAAUUUCACUAGCUACCUACUCCCUUAGCUGAAGGCAUUUGGCAGCUUAUUGUGGUAUUCACUAUCUCAACUACUACAAAACUCAGUAGGGUUGAAAUUGCACACAACUGCAGGCUGUGUAUGGGGAGAUAUUUAGCAUUAGAUGCUCUGCAGAGGUCUUGAAGUGUAACUUCAUGUUGCUAAUAACUUUUCCUGUUUCUGGCCUAUGAAUGAAUUGUGAUUCCAAUUUCUAUAGGCGCUAAUCCCUUUAUUUCCAGUGACCACAAGUAUCCACAUCACUUUGUCCCCAUGUUCCACUCCAGAAAAGACCAAUGUUACUAAUCUAAUUAGCCAGUCAGUAGCACCAAGUAGAAAUUUGUAAUUCUACCUCUGGGACCAGAUUUAAUUCCCUUUUUAUUAAGACGUCAAGACAAAGCUUCUUUAAGAAAGGAAGAUGAUGUGGCUACCUUUUGUAAACAUAACCCUAUUAGUAUUCUAAUGAAUAGCAAGUCACUGGGCUACUGACAACAUUCAUUAUUGGUUGAGGGCAUUUUAACCUUUAUGGAUGAUUCAAUUUAGAAGCCUCAGAGGGUGCACCUGCUUAACAAAAAUGUACAACAGGUUCAUCAGUGAAGUUAAAAAUUUGCUCUUCUGACAUAAGAAACACACAAAAGAACCUAGAAAUUACUUAGUAAACUUGACUGUAUUGCCACAAUUUACAAUAACCUCCACCAUGAAAUAACUUCCUAGCAAUAAUAAUUCUGGUAAUCUGAAUAAAGCAUAGAAGCCUCCUUAAGCACAUGAGCUUAUGGCUGAUGUCCAGCAUUCAAAGCCCUCAGCACUGUAUUUUUAAAUAGUUUAAAGCUGUUUUCCUUCAAGAUAAUGGCUAAUUCCCAUAUGUUUAAAAACUUUAUUACAUAAAAACUGCCCUCUUUAACAUACAAUGUUUGCUGUGGAAGCUGCAUGGGAAAUGUAAUCAACUUUCAAAUUAGAGAUAGUAGCUUUUAAAUAAAAAUGAUAUUUCAGUAAUACAACUCCAAGGGCUUUCUACUUAUUCUUCAACACAAAUACAUUUUUACCACUACCAGAUGCUAAUCACUUAGUGGCCAUGUAGCCCACCCCAGGGAUAACUAUAAGCCUAAACCCUUUUUAUUUCACUUUUUUAAACUCAUAACAUUUCAUGUUGAUAUUUGCAGUCAUUCCCAUAGACUUGGGAAGCUGUGAUCAACAGACUGUUGCUCCAUCUCUUCACACAAUGAUUCUUUAAAUAGCCUCACAGUGUUCAAUUUAUAGGACUAGACCCUACAGAAUUUUCAGCUUUUCCAUAGCGUAGUGA